AUGGCUGAUGGAACGGAGCGCCCCAUAGCUUUUGCGUCACGCUCCCUUACUGCUGCAGAGAAGAACUACGCACAGAUCGACAGGGAAGCUUUGAGCCUUGUAUGGGGUGUGAAACGAUUCAAUCAGUAUCUGUAUGGAAACAAGUUCACCUUGGUUACAGACCAUCAGCCGCUGGUUUCCAUAUUCAGUCCUCAGAAAGGAGUUCCAAUGACAGCAGCAGCACGGAUGCAAAGGUGGGCGUUGUUUCUGGGAGGACAUAGAUACCAGAUUGAAUUCAAAAGAACGCACAAACAUGCUAACGCUGACGGGCUAUCACGUCUACCAUUGGAUGGGUGUGAUUCAAAGACAGAGAAUGUAAGCACACCUUUGGAUGUUUUUACAAUUGCUCAGCUUGAGAGUUCUCCUGUUACAGACGAAAUGAUUCGGAGAGAAACCAGGAGAGAUCCUGCAUUGUCCCAGGUAUAUUCAGCUAUACUGUCUGGCUGGAAUGCAGAGCAGAAGCUUCGAUUCACACAAUUCUAUCAGCGCCGUGAUGAACUCACUCUAGAUGGUGGUUGCAUCAUGUGGGGUUUAAGGGUUGUUGUACCACCUGAGUUGAGAACUCGAGUCUUGGAGGAGCUUCACGUUGGACAUCUUGGGGUGGUAAAGAUGAAGUCACUUGCAAGAAGUUUUGUAUGGUGGCCCGGUAUAGAUCAGCAGAUCGAGCAGCUCGCCAUGCACUGCUCAGGAUGUCAAUAUGUGCAAAAGAUGCCUAAACCUGCACCGCUACAUCCUUGGGAAUGGCCUGCAUUACCGUGGCAAAGGAUCCAUGUUGAUUUUGCGGGUCCUUUCAUGGGCACUACAUUUCUGGUUGUUGUUGAUGCAUGUUCAAAGUGGCCAGAAGUGUUCAGCAUGACCUCCACAACUGCCACUCAAACUGUGUUGGUUCUGAGAGAACUUUUCGCAAGGACUGGUGUACCAGAACAGCUGGUGAGUGACAAUGGCCCUCCGUUUAUAUCUGAGGAGUUCCAGAUCUUCCUAAGGAACAAUGGUAUCAAGCAUGUGACCUCAGCGCCCUACCACCCAGCUACUAAUGGCUUAGCUGAGAGAUUUGUGCAAAGCUUGAAGAAUGCACUGCGAGCCAUGACACAUGAGAAGCUCACACUAAGCCAGAAGCUUCACAAUUUCUUGUUUGCAUAUCGAAAUGCAACUCAUGUCACCACAAAUCGAACACCUGCCAUGUUGUUCCUUGGUAGACCCUUACGUUCAAGACUAGACUUGCUGAAACCCAAUUUGAGGAGAACCAUACAUGACAGACAGAUAAAACAAUCACAAGGGGGAGGAGAAACGAGAGAGUUAGAAGUUGGAGAGAGUGUGCUAGCUAGGAACUACAGAGGAGAUCACAAAUGGACACCUGCAAAGGUCAAGGAACGAACAGGACCGCUCUCAUAUACAGUUGAGAUUGCACCAGAUACCAUCUGGAGAUGGCACAUUGAUCAGUUGAGAAGAUCAAAUGUUUCUCUGGAAAGUGGUUUUGUCAGUGUUCCAUUCAGCUCUACUGAUACUGUUACCAGUGGAAGUGAUGCAACAACACCUCCAGAUGGCACUGUAUCUUCCAGUGACGCACCACAAACACCAAUUCCAACCUGUGAAGAGAAACGUUACCCUACCCGUAUACGGAAGCCACCAACCUGUCUUGAUUUGUAGAAGAGACUCGCUUGAAUGGGACAUUAUAGUCAUAAGUAGCAUAAGUUUCUUUCUUUUGUAUGUGGAAUGUUUUGUUAAAGGUGAAACUGUUUUUUUUUUUUUUUUUAGGUUUUCUUAUCUAAGGGGGGGAGGAAGUGUAGUGUAUUGAGUUAAAUACAUAAACCCAGGAAUAAGCACUGUUGGCCACUCGGGGUUAGACAUUGGUUGGCCAGUGAAUUGUCCAAUGAGACACCUGUGUUAACAGAGUUUGUGAUUCAGUGAUUGCACAGUAAAAACUAAAAGAAGAACUGCCCAUCGUUGUCCUGACUUUUAUUUGUGUUAUUCGAACAAACACAACAGCUACAAAGAGGCAAAACUUACAGACUGCAGCUUUAAGCAAAUAUCAUUUAUUAUCUUUAUGAGCACAGUCUCUGUACUAUGAUGGAGUCUGAAACCAGAUUGAAAGUUGUCGAAGUAUCCAUUUAAGCUUAAGAAUUUGUUCAGCUGAUUGAAAACGACAUUUUCAAUGAUCUUGCCUAUGAAAGGAAUAUUUGAGAUUGGUCUAUAGUUGCUCAAUAUGGUGUUUUCCAGAUUGCUCUUUUUCAGGAAGGGCUUAACCACUGCAGAAAGAAGUGAGGUGUUUACCACUUCUAGGAGAUCUGCUUCUAAACAGUUUUUGAAAAACUCUUGAAAAAAGAUGUGGGAAGUGUGUCAAGGGAGUGUUGGAAAUUUAGAAGCAAAGACCAGGAGACUUGGUUGUAUCGUCAGCAGGAUUCUUUAUUGAGAACAUGCUGUUGGUUGCUGCAAUCAUCAAUAAAAGGUGUUGACCUUACACACAGCCUUACAAUGACCACUAAAACAAAAGCAUCCAAAGACAAUACAGGCAUUACCCCUGACUGUGCAGAUAAUAGUACCCCAAAUGGUACAGGAGCAAGUGCAAUGUGCUUUACUUUUUCUUUCAAAAUUUUACCAUCAAUUGCUUCAAAAUCAGACAUAGUAACUGCUUUCUGAGGUUGUGGUCUGAUCUGUCUGACCCUAGUGCAACUCAAGGAUGUGCUGAUCGCCUUUCUGAUAUUACUGAUUUUCUCAGAGAAGAAGGAAGCAAACUCACUGCAUUUGCUGUCUGAGAACAUUUCACUGGGAAUGUGACUUGGGGGGGUUUGUUAGUCCCGCUACAGUCGCAAAAAGAGUGCAUGUGUUAAGUUGCCGUUUAUAAUAUUUGAGAACAAGGUCUGUCUAGCUUUGCCUAGUUCCACAUUGAAAACAUAUAGAUGUUAUAGAUUUUAUUGUGGAUUUCACGUUGCAUUGUCUUUUCAUAUUUUGCACUGCUGUUGAGUUUCUCAAAGGUACUUUUUGUCUGCCACUCUUCUUCCUGACUAUUACAGGAGCAAUAUCAUCAAUUACACUCUUAACUUGAGUUAAAAGAAUCAAGAAGAAAAAGAGUCUGCAGAUAUGCUUGCUGUUAAAGAUAUAGCCUUCAUAAACAGCACACUAGUCAUCUAAUUUAAGCAUCUCUUUUUAACAGAGACAGACCUAGCUUCAAUAGUAGGAAAGAUCAGUAAUAUCCGGUCUUCACCUGUGGUCCUGGUCCCCAAACCUAAUGGCUUAUACAGGUUCUUUGUGGAUUACAGAAAGUUAAACAGCAAGACCGUACCUGACGCUUACCCAAUGCCACUGAUUCACGACAUCCUAGAAUCCCUGGAAGCUGGUUUAGCUCAUUGGAUCUGCAGUCCGGGUACUGACAGGUGAAGAUGGAGGAAACGAGUAGAGAGAAGAUGGCUUUUAUUACCACAAAGGGGCUUUUUCAAUUCAUGUCUAUGCCUUAUGGGCUCAGGAACGCCGCUGUCACCUUCCAGCAUUUGAUGGAGAGAAUUCUGGUUGACUUGAGGGGGAAAAUUUUGUCUACAUCAACGACAUCAUCAUCUAUUCAAAGACAUUAGAGCAACACAUUCAACACCUUAAUACUGUUCUCCAUAAACUUACCCAAGCCAGGCUGACACUGAACAUAAAGAAAUGCCACUUUUUUAAGCAACAGCUUAAGUUUCUCGGCCAUAUAGUCUCCAAGAGGACUUCGAGAAGACCAAGGCCAUUGCAGAAUUCCCUCCACUGAAAGACCUCAAAGCUCUGCAACAGUUUCUGGGCUUGGCAGGGUGGUACCAUAAGUUCAAUCCCCACUUUGCUGACAUUGUUGCUCCAUUGAACCACCUCAAAAAGAAAGGAGUUAAGUGGGAGUGGACUCCAGAGUGACAGGCUAGCAUGGAUGCACUGAAACAAGCAUUACAGAACUCACCAGUACUGAUACAACCAGACCUUAACAGAGCCUUCCAAGUUCACACAGAUGCAAGUGAUGUAGGACUGGGUGCAAUCCUCACUCAACAUUGCUUCACGGACCUUCACAGGGGCAGAAAAGUAUUGUAGCACUUCUAAAAAAGAAUGUUUUAGGGGUGGUUUGGGCUGUUGAAAAGUGGAGCCAUUACCUGGAGGGAAGGUUGUUUGAUGUCUUCACUGACCAUGCUGCACUCGCCUGGGUCUUCAGCUGUCCCAAGACCUCCUCACACCUAACUCGCUGGAUCUUCUGUCUGCAACAAUUCAACUUUCAGGUCCAUCAUAGAAAUGGCUGCAUCAAUAUGAGUCCUGACGCUUUAUCCCGGUUAUAUGAGCCAUCUUCUGAUGCUGCCCCAUGUCUCUCCAUAUCUUCUCACCACUUGUCUACCUCACCACACUCUCUGGAAGAAAUUGCUCAAACUCAACAUUUGGACAAUACCAUCACUCGCCUCCAAACUGGCAUCCAACCUCGCUCAGUCAAACAGCCCAUCACCUUUGAAGACCACCAAGGGGUGUGGUACUGCAAAGUUCCUUUAAGAAAUAAGGGAGAAAAGUAGCAGCUCAUGGUACCACAGUCUCUAACAACCGACUUCCUGCAUUAUUACCAUGACAAUCCCUUAGGAGGCUAUCUUGGACCGUUAAAAACAGUGCUGAAAAGCCUAGAGGUGGCAUGAUGGCCUUCCAUCAGGAAGGACAUUUGGCGGUAUGUCAAAGGCUGUGAGGUAUGCCAGAAAUACAAACCCAGCAAUA